GCUCGCGUCCAGCGAAAGGCAAGCAGUGCUGACUCUUACUCCUCCGAUCAUGGUGCCGAUGGAAACCGACAAGGAGUACCGACACCCGAAGAAGCGACUGCGCUCGGAUUCAAUACCGAAGCCGGGAAACAGUGAAAGGCCGCGCGGUUCAUGGUGGUGCCUGGACUGCCAUAGCGCCCCGUCUGCGGGCUGCAUGGACGACCACGACCUGAGGCGACCCAGGGUGGCUCUUCGGAGCGGCUUCCGGCGCCUGAUGAAGCGAGGAGGCCUCGCGGGACUCGACGACGGCCUCCAGGAGAUGCAGGACAGCGCCGUCUUGACCGCGCUGCGAAUGCUUAGCGGUCCAGUCCACUGCAAGAUGAGUCUGCAGGUGGAGGGGCGGGAGCAGGCCGAGAACUCGCCCGACAAGCUGGUGGUGGCGCUGACUGCCAGCCGGCGAACGGACGCGGAACCCACGCACGAGCAGAGGGAGCCUCAGCCUGAACAGGAGUUCGACGAGCGCAUCGACGAACUGGACCUGGGCGGCAGUGGGGCGUUGCGGAGAAGUCCGAGCUACGCUGCACUUGCCCCCUAUGCCGAUCUACCGGACCUGGCCUUGGCCCUGCGACGAGUACGCCGCCGAGGGGUGCGACGAAUCACUGGCCUGGACUGCAGCCGCGACCCUGCCUGGUCCCUGGAACUGCUGCGCAGCGCCGCCGCGACAGUGGAGGAGCUGCAGGUGAUGGACCCCCUGGAGGAGCACCUGGCCGUGGUGCACGCCAUGCCGCGACUGCGGCGGCUCAAAGUGGAGUCUUUGGACAUUCUGCGCGCUCUGGACGUGCAGCUGCCCGCGCUUGCCCAGCCCAGCAGCCUGCAGUGGCUCAACGUGCACGGCCUGUCCCGCGCCUCCACUCAGUCCCUGCUGCGAGCGCACGCCGCGUCCCUGGACGAGCUGUGGCUGUUGGUCGGCGUGGGCACGGGCGUGACCGGCGUGGAUGACGACGGGCCUUUCCAGUACAGGCCGGAGUGGCCCGGGUGCCGCGACCUGGACGCCUUCCUAGAGCAGUGCGGCCUCCGCCUGUCGCGGCUCGUGCUCAACAGGGAGUGUCCGCGCGGGUGCAGGGACUGCCCCGCCCAGGCCGAGGCGGCGCGCCGCGUGCUGCCGGGCUGCACAGUGGAGUGCGCAUCGUGUGACCGCCGCGACUGGGAGCCAGAAUGCUUCUAG